AUGGGUCUCAUAACGGUGUUACUGAAGCUAGCAAACUGUAUAGUAAACAAUAUUCUAACAAACUCAUUCCAGAAAGCAGAAAAUAAGCUUCAAAACCAACAUAAUCAUCACUUUACGCUCACAAAAUGUAGUGUACCCAAAGAACAUACUAUAAUUUGUGACAUCCAAAACACCCUCUUACUAAAUUCAAAAUCUUUCUUUCCUUACUUCAUGCUAAUUGCUUUUGAAGGUGGAAGCAUACUCAGAGCAUGUUUCUUGCUAUCAGCCUAUCCUCUAAUACUUCUCUUAAACCAUGACCAUUAUAGGCUCAAAUUCAUGAUCUUCAUCACCUUUUGUGGGAUGAAGGUCAAAAACAUGGAGAAUAUCGGGAGGACGGUUUUGACCAAGUUAUAUCUUGAAAAUUUAGAUUUUCAAGUCUAUGAGUUGGUCUUUCGGACCAUAAAAGAAGUAGGAACGACGAAGGUUGUGGUGUUAACGAGUGUGCCUAGAGUGAUGGUAGAUGAGUUUUGUAGAGAGUUUUUGGGUGUUGAUAAUGUGGUAGCGACUGAGUUGCAUAGUGUUAGGGGUUACUAUAGUGGGUUUGUGGCUACUUCUGGUGUGAUUAUGAAACAAAAAGUAGUCAAAGAGUGGUUUGGAGAUGAAAUACAACAAGAUAUUGGUGCUGGAUACUGUGUUCUUGCCCAAUACAAGGAAGCAACUUAUGUAAUGAGCAAUGGAGAUAUGGGGAUGAGUUCAAGAAGACAAAUGCCAAGAGAUGAGUAUCCAAAACCAUUGGUAUUUCAUGAUGGAAGGCUUGCUUUUCUUCCAACUCCAUUUGUGACAUUGGCCAUGUUUUUAUGGUUCCCUUUUGGCAUUUUCAUUGCAAUGAUUCGACUCUUUGUAGGUGUCUUCUUCCCAUAUAAAGUGACUCUCUUUGUAUGUGCUUUAACGGGGUUAAAAAUUAGAAUUAAAGGAGGUAAUCACUCAAUGGCAUAUAAAACCAAAGAAGUUAGCGGUGGUGGUGUUCUUUUUGUUUGCACACAUCGUACUCUUUUGGAUCCGGUCUUCUUAUCAUUGACCACUGGCAAGCCACUAAUUGCCGUUACAUAUAGUGUAAGUAAGAUGUCAGAGAUCUUAAGCCCGAUAAGAACAACAAGGUUAACUAGAGAUAGGGAAAAAGAUGGAGAAAUGAUGCAAAAGUUAUUAAAGGAUGGUGAUUUGGUUAUUUGCCCAGAAGGGACGACUUGUAGAGAGCCUUAUUUGCUAAGGUUUAGCUCUUUGUUUGCAGAGUUAACGGAUGAGAUUGUGCCGGUUGCAAUUAACACACAUGUAACCAUGUUUUAUGGAACAACUGCAAGUGGGUUCAAGUGGUUGGACCCGAUUUACUUUUUGAUGAAUCCUAGACCAACUUACCAUGUUCAAUUGCUAGGGAAAUUGGACAAGGGACUCACAUGUGGUUUUGGUAACAAGUCUAGCCAUGAGGUGGCUAACCACAUCCAAAAACUACUUGGUGAUGCAUUAGGUUUUGAAUGCACAAAUCUUACUAGGAAGGACAAAUAUUCCAUGCUUGUUGGUAAUAAAGAAAUUAUAGUUUGA